UGAAUGCGGACUUGCGUCACUGCGUCAUCGCGUCACGCGUCACAGUUACGUUUUCAAAAUGGCGGCGCUCGUGUCCUUGUUAUUAAGACCCAGAACGGGUUUUCUCGUGUCAUGUCAGACACCAGCGGUUCUCUCAAGCAGACCUGCAUCUAAAAAGUCUGGAGGCAGCAGCAAGAACCUGGGAGGGAAAAGUCCGGGUCACAGAUACGGCUUCAAGAAACAAGACGGAGACUUUGUUCAUGCAGGUAACAUCCUCGCCACACAGAGGCUCAUGCGCUGGCAUCCCGGAGCUCAUGUGGGCAUGGGGACGAACAACACGCUGUACGCUCUGGAGGAUGGUAUGGUCCGGUUCACUAAAGAAGUGUACAUUCCUCCACCUCGUAGCGCUGAAGCCAGGGAAGUGAUCCCCAAACUGCCCAGAGGAGCCGUGCUCUACAAGUCCUUCAUCAACGUCGUCCCCACCAAGCAGGAGAACAACUUCAAACUAGUGGACAUGGUCUGAGAAACGGUUAUAACCAGCGUCCAGAUUCCCUGAACUGAGAAAUGUGUGGGAGUCAGACAUGGAGCUCGUCUGUGAUAUUACCAUUGAAGAGGAAACAGCUUUUUUUUUUUUUUUUUUACACUAAGUUAUGUGAAUAAAUAUCAUAGUCAAACUAAAUCAUUUUUUACUAACCUACUUGAUUUAUGAUUUAUAAACAUAUUUCCAUGUAGAGUUCCGCUCAUAAGUUUGCACGCCCCACCAGACAGGAAACAGGAACAGGAAAAUAAUCCACCUCCAUCAGUAUUAAACCCUACAUUCUAAAGUGUAAUAUUUCGUUGAGAUAAAAUGUUCAUAUCGUUCUCCUGCUCCUGAGUGUGUGUAAAUUUACACCUAAGGAAGACUAACUAACUAGCUUGACUUCAAUGACUUCAAGUCAUAUCAUUAGCAUGGAUUACUGCACUGUUAUAUCUGACAUUUCCUGUCUAGUUUAAAUAGCUUUUUUUUUUUUUUUUUUUUUAACGUCUACGGCGUUCAGCAGACGCCAUUAUCCAGUGUGACUUAUAGAAGAGCUUUGGAGUCUCUAUCAGAAACACAAGCUAGAAACACUCAUCGUCACGCUAGUUGACUGGGUCAGGGACGAAGAGUACCAUCGAGAACAUUUUGUGAAAACAUAAGUUUUUUUAUUACUGGCUUUAAUUAAAGAAUAUAAAAAAUAAAGAAAGCGAGCUGACACAAACCCAUAAAUUAAGACAAAACGAGUCAUUUACUUAUGACAAAAGAAAAUGCGGCGUAUAAAUGGAGGAUGCGCCGGUCUGCCUGCACAUAGCCGUAAACAAACGCCUCAAGUAACAGAGGAUUUAGCUCUGGCUUAUAAUAAUCAAUAUUAUUAUUUUUUAUAAUAAUAGUAAUAAUAAUAAUAAUAUUGUUAUUGUGUUGCUGAAUAUUUUUAUUGGCAAAGAAGUGAGUCACAAUGAAUUCACACUUUUGUUUUUCAGCCUUUACCCUGAUCAUUCAUUUCAUGCUCCCAGCCGGCUAUGCACUUACCUUUUAUGGAGUUUUGUGGGCGUCACUAAAUGCAAAUGCGCAUGUGUCAGGAAUGCACUUUGCACUUUACAGGUGAUCAACAUACACACAAGUACUAAGAAACUCAGCCUUUUCUGAAACCUUUGUAAAUCCAGCUGAGAAUGUUUAUUCGGUUUGGCUUACGCAAACAUUUACACAGAACUUACCAAAAGAUUGAUAAAUGACGCCCACUGUUACUAAAUCAGCUGGGACAAUUUGUUUGUAUUAAUUUUUUUCCACACAAUCAGCUUGAGUAUUAAGGUAAAUCCACUAUUCCUUUUACAGAGUCAUAUUUAAGGUGUUCCAAAGUGUGUUCAGCAACUUUCAGAGUUUGAUGACGUAAGGGGGAAAUUGGAUAAAUAAGGAAGUAAACUCUUGGGGCUGUGCAGUUAUAGUAAAAUAAUCAAUGAUGUGGUGAUGUGAUGAAGUGGACUUACGACUACAAAGCUGAUUCGUUUCUAAUAACAGCACAUGCUGUUUUAUUUGUCUUUUAUUUCUCUUAUACCACAGCAAUUUUUUAAUGAUUACUUUUCUUAUGGUUAAAUUUACAGUAUGGGAAGUGGCUGCUUUCGGAAAGCUCUGUUACUGGUAUUUUGGUCACAGCAUUGCUUCCAAACUUUUCAGAAAAGAUUAUUUUUACAUCCCAGACAAUCAGGUUGAAAGAUGGGAAGCGGAAAAAAAGGAACAUAAGCACAGAGUGCUGAGUGCUGUUAAUCUAGAUAGUGAGUGAAUAUAAGAAAUAUUUCAUUGGCAAUAUUCCAAAGUUUCUUUAACUAAAGAUAACGUGUGUAUUUUUGGGAUGUUCAGCAGUAUGUAAUGUGACGUCUCACUGUAACUGUCACACAAGCAGCUCAAAUUCUCAUGAACUUCUGCCUCCAAAGCUACAGAGAAAUUUUAUCUAAUCUAGUUAGCUGAUACUAGCUUGGAUUUGUAAGAGUGUUCAGUUACAUUUUCUGAAAAUGUGAAAAUUAUUGAAGUGCCACAGCAGCCUAAUUCAGCUUUCUCAGAUGACAGAGGAAAAGCUCUUUAGACUUGGAAACAAUUUGCUCUGCCUUGUAGGCAGUUUUGUCAUGUUUGCACUCCAUUGCGUCACUGCUAUUGACUCUGUCCUGCUUUGGCUGAAGAUAAAUAGCAUGAGGAGGUGGAGGAGGAGGAGGCUGUGAUUGUGCCUCAUCGCCAUGGAGAUUUAUUUCUCCGCUGCUGGCUUCACUGGUAUUUUCUCUUUUCCCCCUAAAAGCACUUUACACCCACGUUUGUUGUAAUGAGAGUCUUGGACAUGUGCAAAGCCUCUCUCAUGGUAUAAAACUGCAACUAGGAAAAAAAAAAAAAAAACAA